GGCGCAUUCAGUUUAUCUUGUUCACCACCACGCAUGAAAAGGCUCCAGUGGUCAGGGCUCAUGCGACCAUGGUUUAGGCUCUUGGGACUACCUUCAUAUAUGUCUUACUCUCUCGAAUCUUUCAUUCUCGUCAUAUAUGAUAGAUGUCACAUGCCCAGAACUUGGUUAUUCUAUGAUUUUACACCCGGUUAAGAGACAAGAAUGCCGCCGCCAUCACUCCUCCAGCUCUGCACGGCGGCUGCCAUCAGAAACGUCAAGCAUUUGAACGAUAUCGGAAACAUUCCGUAUGCCCUCGCGCGUCCGUUCCUCCUGAAGGUGGAGAGUCCCGAGAAACUGAGAGCAUUAGAGAUUCAGUCGCCGCAUCUCAUGCGCGAUGACGAGGAAAUAUGGCGCGAGUUCAUCAAGCGGGACAUCCCGCAAUGGGAGAAGUACGAUUUGCCCGAAAAGCCCGACUGCUGGUAUGAUGUAUACUGCGAUAUGAGGGAGCAAGUGCAACGGGCAGUCGACGAGGAUGCAGAGAAACUCCGGAUGGCUCUGGAUGGCAUCAGCUCCGAAAGAGCAAAGCAUAGUGCCAAGCUACUCUCUGACCGGGACCGGCGCAUCAUCGGCCUUCGUCAGCGGCCUACAGCGAAGCAGCGCUACGCUUGGCACGAUCGAAGCAUGGGCGGCAUCAAGCCAGUCUUCUCCGCUGCGAGGUCAGGGCCGGGCUCCUCAGACCCGUUGAGCGCGCCGGCCUGGCAGUUCGACCGUCCCUCCGUACCGCGACCCGAGACGAAGAAGAAGAACAGCAUCUUUGCGGCUACAAAGCGGAACAGCGUGCUUGCCAUUCCAACGAAGCAGCUCAACAAUAGGGCUUCGCAGGUUCGGCAGGCGCCACGGUCGUUGAUUGAGGAACAUCGGCGACCUAUCGAACCGGUCGUUCCUCGCCGACGAGAGAAUACCGCUCUGACCAUGAGGGCGCCCGGACGGUCACGGAUGCAGGGUGCUGCCGGUUUCUCGGGCCAGAAUAAUCUAGCAGUUGACUCUACCCUGCGGGAUAGAGAAGCCCGGCUGCGGGCGAUAACCUCCGGACGACCAUUAGACUCCCAAGGGAACUCGUCUGGCUCAGAGACCACGAGUAGACCGCAUUCUACACGUCCGGAGACGGCCGCGCCGACAUCUUCAUCAUCACAUACGACAAUUGCAGUUGAUUCGACUGCGACCGCACCUCGUCCACUAGUUCGGAAAAGACCAGCCCCCGCCAAUCCGCUCCUUCAACCCAGAAAGAGGAAACCAAACUGAUGUUUGGCUUCAUCACUACCGCGCGGGGGCGUUCUCUAUUUCAGCCUUAUAUACUCGACUCCUCGUCGUGGUCUUACAUCCUCUCGCGAUAUAAAGCCCAGUGUAUUAGCAUAAUCUUGACCUCUUCAAAACCGCCCUUUUAUACCAUUCCUGCAAUCUGCGCAUUUCACUUUUUUCACUUUCUCUCCAAAGUUCAUCUAGACAUGAUUGUUGGUUUCCGGUUUGGCGCAAUAAGCUUCUACGAUUUUCUGCUGGGGUUGAAUUUAGACGGGUCACAAGGCGAACUGGGUUGGAACUUUUUCUCGCGGGAAGUCUAUGAAUUCUAUAUGUCCUUUGAUACAUCUAUGCACGAUGCACCUUGGUUUCUGCUUCACCUAACGUAUUACGGAAUCGACUCUC